ACCCGUCACGAGUCUAUCCAACAAACUUAACGUCGCUUCUUCUUCUUCUUCAGUCGGAAGGUCUACGGUGAUUUAAAAUAAGUUUUCUUCUUCCGAAAUUAGGGUUUUCUGGGAUUCAUGUAUCGAUAAAGCCAUGGCUGAAGGGGAAGACGUUUCAGGGGUUUCUCUUUCUGUUAGAAACGAGGAAGAUCUUUCUCCAGAGUCUUUAGCUUGGGCUGAUUCCUGCAUCAUCAGCUUUCCAGAUGAUUCAGACCACAAUCAUUGGGCAACUUUUAGAGAUGCUUUAACUGAAAUCAUCGAUAUCCAUCCGGAGAUGUUUGUUCCUUCAUCAACUAGUAGUGCCCUGCCUCCAGACGAGGAUAUGACUGAAUCCGAGCCACUUGAACUACUACGGUCAUUCCAACCCGAAGCUGAUUCAGCCAACUCUAAAUAUAAUUCAUCGAAUGAAGAAGUCAGUGAGAUUGUCUCUUUGAUAACCUUUGAGUCAGACCCGUCAAAGAAUUCUUUACAAGAUCAUUACUUUUCAGAGCCCAUAGCUGAGAAUGGAACCCCUGAACCAGUUGACGAUCCUACUAAUGAUCUUGGAGGUGUUGAAAGUAUAGAAGAAGAUGGGUCAGUGAGCAAUGGAGAGGCAGAAGAAGAAAAAGAACCAGAGUCAGUAUCGUCUCAAGUCUUCAAGGAUGAUUUCAUGAGCACAUACAUUCAAGAAAACGUUGACGAUUCUAACGUUACAGAGGAUCCGGUCAAAGUAACUCAGCAAGAGAUUUUCAAGGUGUGGGAUCUGGAGAUUGUGGGGGACGAUGAUGAGGAAGAUGGAUUGGUGCUGCAGCUGAAGAAGGCCCUCGAUGAGUCUUCCACGGUCCAAACCCUUCCACAGCCACUGCUGAAUGAUGUUGCGGAGAAGAGCAGUAUCGAUGACCUGAUAGCUGGGAUCUCGGAUCUGUCUAUUGCAGAAACUUUUAAGUGAAAGAUGAAGUUUAAGAAGUAUGUGUUUUAUAUGACAUCACUCUUUUGCUUUACUAUCCUUAACCGGCACAAACCGGUUUUAAGAUUUCUAAACCUGCUAGACUAGACCGAAGGUUUUUAAGGGUCAAUUUGGUGUAUACACGACCCACUUGGCCACCUGUUGUGCAAUGGUGGAGAUGAGAUUGCAGUCUUAUCUCGACCGUUGGUGUAGACUUCGCAAUCUCUUAAAAUCUCCAUGCUUAACCUCAGCCUUAAGAAAACUCACGGGAUCACGCCCUCACAAAGUCAUUUUCUCUGGAUGUAACUUCCUGAACGCAUCUUUGGUUCUAAAUUCUAAAAGGGAAAAUUUUAAUA